UCUCACGAGUUUAUUGUAAAAAUGAAGUGUUUUGUGUGUUGAUUUUAAAUUUUUAUUUUAUUUAAAUAUUGCGUUUAUAAAAUUCACUUUCAUAUUAUAAACUAUCGAUUCGUUAUAAUAGGAGAAUAAAAUAUUUGAACAAGUAAUAGUUUGUGUAAACAAAAGCUAAAAAAUUAUGGAGAACCCGCAACAAGAAUUGGAAAAACAAGUUAUGGAGCUGAAAGAAUGGGUCGCGAAGCAUCCACACGUAGCCAAAGAUAUGGACGACAAACUACUCAGAAGGUUCUUGCACAGUUGCUACUACGAUAUGCAAAAAACACAGAAAACCGUGGAGGAGUUUUCCAACUUGCGCGCCGACACUCCGGAGAUUUUCGGCGAUCGAGACCCAUUAGGGAAACGCGUGGAGCAAGCGUUUCAGUACGUAAACCUAGCAUUCGUUCCCAUAUCGGGAAACAGACGUCUGUGGAUCUUCCAAAUCAAUGACCCAGGUUUCCAAAAGUUUGAACAUGUUGAGUUCAUACGCAUCGUUAUUCUGGCCUUCGAUGCGUGGUUACUUGAGGAAAGCAGUUUACAGGAAGCAGAUUUGACGCUUUUUGAUGCCAAGGAUAUAAGCUUGAAGAUUUUCUGGAAAAUACAUUUGUCUUUACAGAAGAAACUAAUCAAGUAUCAGGAGGAAGCCAUGCCGAUACGGAUAAAGCAAAUGCACAUGGUAAACGCGCCGUAUUUCAUGGAAAAACUUUAUUCAUUAUUUAAACCAUUUAUGAGCAAGGAAAUGAGUGAAGUACUUCAUUUCCACACGCCGAACUCAGACACCCUGUUCCAAUACUUCAGCAAGGACGACCUACCCAAGGAUUUAGGCGGAAACCUCGACAGUUUAGAAGUUUACAAUAAAGGAAUAAUUGACUUAAUCCACAAACAUAGUGACGAGUUAAAAAAUGAUGGCUUGUGGAAAACUCCGAAGAAAUAGUUCAAUUACUUAAUUGUCUUCGAUCCUCGGAUUUUGAACGAACGCUAUACCAAGUGAAGAAUUAUUUAUUAAUCGCCAUUACUUAUAUCAACAAAAAAAUAUGAACGACAGUAAAUGGGUGUGGCAAUGCAUGGGUAGGGUGGGUAAUUUAUUAUUGUUAAGCAAAAUAAUGAGGAGGUGUUAAGAAUAGUAAGUGAAAGGAGAGCAAAUAGACGCAGAAAAAUGAUUGGACACUUCGACACGAAUACUUCUUUAAAACUAUCCGAGAGAUAGGUACUUAGGACGCAAGCAAGAUAGAGGAAAACCCAGACGCAGCUUAUUAUAGCAAGUGAAAGAAAAAGUAGGGAUCGUAAAAAGUCAAAGAGCCGACGCAAGAUAGGGAAAGCUGGAAGAUACUCCACCGACAAGAGAAUAACUCUUAAGUUAUGACAAAGAAAAUUUGAAAUAAAGGCGGAUUGUCAAAGUAAAUUUUGUAGCCACAGCGGUACCUACAUAUGUGGCGUUCUAACAGUUUUAACCUUCUGCCGAAAGAUGGCAGUAAAUGUAGGUACUGUGGCUACAUAAUUUACCAUGACAGUAACUCUCUAUACACUCUAUUCUCUUUGGUUAUGAUAAUGAAAAUAAAUAAUCAAA